CAAGUGUCUUCCUUACAUGUAAUCCUUAAGCUUAGUUAUUCGUAAAAAAAAGAAAGACAAGAAAUUCAUCGCCAGCUUCAACCAUCUAGACCUACACACAUCCAUUGCCUUUCCUUUUCGUUCUCGUUUCGUUCUCUCUUCCCUUAUACCUCUCACUUGUAUUUAUUAACAUCGAAGUAACACGCCGCUUUUAAAUUGGAAGUAACUUCUAAAGUUUAUAGUUUGCUAUUUACUGUUCUUGUUCACUGGCCUAUCUGUUCGCCUUACCCUUAUUUCCUUAGCUUUUCUUAGCUACAUAUACUUGGUACCUACUACCUACAUACCUACCUACCUAGGUUACAUACCAAAUACCUGUUGUCGCUACGCACCAGUGCUAUCUAAAUCCUCAGGUUUUCGGUAUUCUUACGUGCAUGCGUAGGUACUUAUUGUGCUACCAGUCGACCUUAGUAGAUACCUACAUAGUACUUAGAGCGACGUCUCCAGAGUCCCAGUGCUGACCUGACCUACCCGACCGACCCCUCUGUGUUACCCACCUUGUCACGUACGGAGAAGCUUCACACUCGUUAAUACAACUCGAUUUCCUUUCUAAACUUUAUCAUCACCCGGGCACCCUCAAUGACUACACACCAUUUACCCACCACUCAAUACAACCAUUGAUAUAUCCUGUCCCUACGAUUGAGCUAGCUGCUUAAGCAGCAAUAGCGUCAUUCAAUUUAGUCGCCAUGGCUACGGAGCGAGAUGUCAGUGAACUGAAACAACAAGGGGCUAUCGAGGCUGCUCGCGACCCGGAGUCUUCUGUCACUGCCGACGACGCCCAAAGGAAACUUGUGGAUGAGAGUAAAAAUGCAGGCGUGGCUGCUUUCACAUUCGACCCAGAUGCCAGCCCAGAGGAGAAGAAGGCUCAGGCCAAAGCUGCUAGCCCAAACGAUCCCCGCCCUCACUCACGUAGACCGAAAGGUGUUGCCAUCGCUACCGAUGUUGACGAUGGCACCAAAGCCAAUUACGACCUACCCACCCCUUCAAAAGCUGGCGCUAUUGAAAUCCCCAAAGACAAGGAUGGAAAUCCAAUCAUGGACGGCAAUACCAUUGAGGAGGAAGAAGACCUGGCUGCUAAGGUUGGGUGGACUCAACGGUUCGGCUGGCCGGAAGACAGUGUGAUGGAGGGCGAGAGUCUCCUGGACCAUUCUACCUGGCUAGACGACAAAGUUCCAGACGAGUACUUUGGAGAAUGGUAUCACAAUGCCGCCGUGAUCGUCUUUGCUUGUCUUUCCUCGUGGCUUGUUGCGGUGCUCGGUGGUGGCUUAGGCUGGGUCAUCAUUAUUAUGACUGUGUGCUCUACCUACUACCGAACAUCGAUUCGACGAGUCCGCCGAAACUUCCGUGAUGACCUUACCCGCGAGAUGGCCCUGAAAAGGCUGGAUACCGACCACGAAUCUGUUGAAUGGAUCAACUCAUUUCUGGUGAAAUUCUGGCCCAUCUAUCAGCCAGUUCUUGCCCAGACCGUCAUAAAUUCUGUUGACCAAGUUUUGAGUACCGCAACCCCUUCAUUUCUUGAUAGUCUGCGGCUGAAGACCUUUACUCUCGGAUCCAAACCCCCAAGGAUGGACCAUGUCAAGACUUACCCCAAAGCAGAGGAUGACACGGUCAUAAUGGAUUGGAAGUUUAGCUUCACUCCAAAUGACAUAGAAGACAUGACAGUCCGCCAGAAAAGAAACAGGAUCAACCCGAAGGUUGUACUUGAAAUCCGUAUCGGCAAGGCCAUGAUUAGCAAGGGACUCGACGUCAUCGUAGAAGAUAUGUCCUUCUCCGGCAUCAUGCGCCUCAAGAUGAAGCUGCAGUUUCCCUUUCCCCAUAUUGAGAAGAUCGAGAUGUGCUUCCUCGAACGUCCUGUGAUUGAUUAUGCUUGUAAGCCCCUGGGUGGCGAGACUUUUGGUUUUGAUAUCAACUUCAUUCCUGGUUUGGAAAGCUUCAUUCAAGAGCAGAUUCAUGGUAACCUAGCCCCAAUGAUGUAUGCUCCAAAUGUCUUCCCCAUUGAGGUAGCCAAGAUGCUCGCUGGUUCUCCUGUCGACCAGGCUAUUGGUGUGGUUGCGAUCACGCUUCACGGAGCUCAGGGUCUCAAAAACCCUGACAAUUUCGCUGGCAAUCCAGAUCCUUACACGGUUGUAACCUUGAAUAAGCGAGCGCCUCUUGCUCAAACCAAGGUCAUCAAGGACACUCCGAACCCUAGAUGGAAUGAAACCCACUAUGUCAUUAUCACCUCGUUCACCGAUUCGCUCGACCUCAUGGUGUACGACUACAAUGAUUUCCGAAAGGACAAAGAGCUCGGCAUUGCGUCGUUCCCGCUCGAGAGGGUCGAAGAGAUUGGUGUGUACGAGAAUGAGCGCAUGGAGGUCAUUGCGAAUGGUAAAGCCCGAGGUGUGCUUAACGCUGAUAUUCGAUUUUUCCCUGUCUUGGAACCCGUCGAACAUGAGGGCAAAGAAGAACCACCACCAGAAUCCAACACAGGAAUUCUACGGUAUACCAUUGAACAAGCAAAGGAUCUUGAUGGCACUAAGAGCUUGGUUGGAUUGCUCAACCCAUAUGCUGCUCUGCUUCUCAACGGCAAAGAGAUUCACCAGACGAAGAAGCUCAAGCGUACCAACAAUCCGAUCUGGGACAAUGGAUCCAAAGAGAUUCUUAUCACAGACCGAAAGAACGCUAAACUGGGGCUUGCAAUCAAAGACGAUCGUGAUAUUGCCGGCGACCAGCUUAUUGGUACAUACCAGAUCAAGCUCGACGACAUGCUCGAAAUGAUGGAGAAGGGCCACGAUUGGUACAACUUGGCAGGGGUCAAGACUGGACGGGCAAAACUAACCGCGCAAUGGAAACCCGUUGCCCUCUCUGGUGUACUAGCAGGCACCGGAGGUUAUCAAACUCCUAUUGGCGUCAUGCGUCUCCAUUUCAAGGGCGCUCGUGACCUUCGGAAUUUCGAGACUAUGGGUAAAUCGGAUCCGUACGUUCGCGUGCUACUCUCUGGUAUCGAGAAAGGUCGAACAGUAACACAUCGCAACACGCUUAGCCCCGAGUGGGACGAAGUUCUUUACGUGCCAAUGCACUCGGGUAGGGAUCGUCUAGCUCUCGAAGUCAUGGACGCAGAAAAGAUGGGCAAGGAUCGUAGCCUGGGUUUGGUUGAGAUUUUCGCUGGCGACUACAUUUCUCAAGACGAGACCAACGAAUACCUCGUCCACGAUACGAAGAAGGUGCACGAAGAUGGUCUCCGAUUACAUGGAAAGGGCAUCGCAAAAGGCACCCUUAUCUAUACUGUCUCGUUUUACCCAUGCCUAAACGUCGCAGAUCCCGAAGAGGAAGAAGAAGAGGAAGAGAAGGACAAAGACGCAAGCCCGGAAGCACCCAAGCAAUCGCUUGAUGUCCCUCGUUCAUUAGAUGCCGGGAAGAUCUCUUCACUUGAGAGGAAGGAGAACGGUAAGGAACCAAUAACGCCAACUUCGCCAGCUAUGCCCAAAUCACCAGCCUCUGUCAAUUCGACUACUUCAGAGCGUAAAUCUCGCGAAACGCCAAGGUUCCCUCCCAAGGUUCAUCUUAGCCCACAGGAGUUGCUCAAACAUGAGUCCGGAUUUCUCAUCUUCAAGCUACUCGAUGCAGAAAUGCCGAAAAGUGGAACGCAUCUCGAAAUCUAUACCGACGAUAUGCUAUACCCCUCUUACAUCUCAGGUACAGCCAAACAUAAGAACUUUAAGUUUGAUGAGAUUGGUGAUUGCUUCAUUCGCGAACUAGAGUUUUCACGUCUCAGUCUCAAAGUAAGAGAGAAACGCGAAAAGCCAGGUGAAGAGCGUGACGAAGAUCAUACCGUUGCCCGCUUAACAGGAAACACUCUAGAGACUCUCAAACAAUGCCUUAACAACCCAACCUUCUUGAAGCUCAAAGACGAAGAGAACAGAACUGCGAUGGUUAAGGUCAGCUUGAAAUAUAUCCCUGUCAAGAUGCAGCUAGAUCCCAGUGAGAGCAUCAAUAACAUGGGUAACCUACGCGUCGAUAUCCUAGAUGCGGCAGAUUUACCCCCGGCCGACUCAAACGGAAAAAGUGACCCCUAUUGCAAGUUUGAACUUAACGGACAGGAUGUAUUCAAAACCAAGACGCAGAAAAAGACGCUCAACCCCGUAUGGAACGAGUUCUUCGAGGUUGCCAUACCAUCACGAACCGCCGCUAAAUUUACCUGCAAAGUAUACGACUACGACUUCGCAGACAAGCCCGAUUUCUUGGGCGGAACCGAUAUCAAUCUUGAGCAGCUUGAUCCGUUUAGGGCCCAGGAACUUAAAUUGCUUCUAGAUGGAAAAUCUGGCGUCAUCAGAUUGCGACUUCUCUUCAAGCCUGACUACGUCACACGCUCCCGGCUGGGUACUGGUACGUUUGCGGGCACAUUCGGUGGCCCUGGCAGAAUCGUGACUGGCGUUGUCGGUGCCCCCGUCAAAGGAGGCGUCGCAGUAGCCGGUGCUGUCGGUCACGGAGUUGGCAAAGGCGCCAGUUUCAUCAAGCGUGGAUUCCGAGGCAAGAAGGAUGAUGAUGGUAACGGCCUUACCUUGACAUCCAGCAAUGAGAUUCCUACAAUCGUUACAAAUGGUCCCGAGGCUUCCGCGGCUAUUCCAGGUGUUAGACGCGCCACGGGCUUGGGUGUGGACGGUGAGUCCGCUCGACCUAUUACCCCUAAUGGCCAAAAGGCCCAUGCACGAAAUCCUAGCAUGGGUGGAGUCUCCAUCCAUAGCUUGGCCCCUGGGACGGCUGGUUCUGGAACCGCUACUUUCACUAUAGUGUCUGCAUCAGGAUACCCUUCAUCGUCAGAUAUAUACGUCCUAAUCAAGCAGCUAACUCCUAAGGAGAGGACGAUUGCCAAGACCAAGCAUCAUGAGUCCCCUGAGGUUAUCCGGUUCGACGAAACGUUCAAGCACGUUUGCUCUCCCGAUACUCAGUUCCGCAUCGAAGUCAAAAACCAUCAUACAUUUGGUAGCGACGACGAUCUAGGCGAGGCCCUAUACUUUGUAGAUGAGGGUGGUAGUGGUGAGAAGGAGAUCAGAGUUGGUACUGGAAUCGUGGUUAUCAAGAGCACAUUUGUGGAUAGUAACACAGAGAGCCCGAGGGGUGGUGGCAUCCGAAGAAGUUUCCUAAGUAAGAAAGAAACCAGGUCAAGCCGAGAAGAGACGCCGACCUAAUAACAAGACGUUAGGGCCUACUGCCGUGGUGUUCGGGAGGUUAAAAUCAUUACAGUAACGGGUUACGCGUCUGUUCCAUCUGCGGAGUUUUUUCCUAAUCAAAAGUA